UAGAAUUUAAUUUCGGGGAUGUUCUUUUGUAACCCUUAGGCAAUGAUUGAAUUAUUUUCAAAUAAAAGAUAUUGAAUUUAUCGAAGAUACAUUUACGAAUCAGCAAAGGGUGGUAAAGUUAAAGAAACGCGUGCCCAAAUUCUACCCCUAACAAUCAGUGGCUCCAACAUAAUACUUUCAAGUCCCUAGAUCACAACUCCAUCCGAUAUAACUGCUUGUAAGAUUGAGUAUCAUUUUAGAUAUAUUUCCUUACGAUGAAUUAUUUAUAAAGAUUACAGCAGAUAAACGAAUUAAUUAUACGGAAUAUGCUUGAAGAACAGCCGGUGAUAAAAUAAUUGCGUUAUCAGCAUAUUCAAGGGAAUUUAGCACAUUACAACUUACAGCGCUCCGUUGAGCGAAGUGGCUUUGUCAGUAAUGGAGAAAGUGAACGUAAUGUGAAAAUUACAGAGUUUCUUGGUCGCUUCGUAGAUUUUUAGGCCGACUUAGGCACCAUGGAAGAAGUGUUUCAGAACGGGAAUUAUCAAAAAGAAGCAAAUGCAAACAUGACCACCACAGAAACGCAGAAAGAGGACUCAUUACUUGAUCACAUGGAGAUCUCUAUAACUGAAGCUGAGAAGCGAGCAAAUGGAGUAUUAAAUUUAAGAGAAUUUUAUACAGUCUACCUCAUUGAGACUAAAGCUAAAGGUGUAAUCACAGAAGUGUGCUUUCUGUGGCGCAGAUACACUGAAUUUGAACUGCUUCGAGCUUAUUUAGAGGUUUCUUAUCCAUACAUAGUACUGCCUCCUUUGCCAGAAAAGAAAGUUUUGUAUGCAUGGCAGAAAGUAACAACAGACACAUUUGAUCCAGACUUUGUUGAUAGACGUAGAGCUGGUCUUGAGAAUUUCCUCUUGCGGGUAGCAUCCCAUCCAGUAUUAUCUCGUGAUGUGCAUUUUAUGGGAUUUUUACAACAAAAAGAUGGCUGGAGAGAAAGUAUUAAAGAGACUGGAUAUCUACAGUUAGCAGAAUCAAAAUUAAAAGCACUCAGCGUAGCGGUACGAUUAAGGAAGCCGGAUAAACGUUUUGAAACAAUAAAGAAUUAUGGAAUUGAACUGCAGACUAAUUUAUGUAAUCUUCUUCGGGUACGCGCACGACUAGUAGAAAAACAGUAUAGCUUGUAUAAAUUACACGCUAAUUAUGGUCGUGUGUUUAGCGAAUGGAGUGCCAUAGAAAGAGAAAUGGGUGACGGACUACAGAAAUCGGGUCACUAUCUGGAUUCGUUAGCAGCGACAAUAGAUACAACAUUAGAAGAGGAAGAACUAAUUGCGGAUCAAUUAAAAGAAUGGCUAUUUGGGGCUUCUGCAUUACAAGCAGUUGUCAAACGAAGAGAAGCUUUACAACUAGCUAAAGAUGAGUCUCAUGAUGCUUUAACUACGGCAAUUGAACAGAAAGAGAAAGUUAUGCAAGGUAAAUCGGGCUUAAUGUCACGACUAUUUGGUUCCGUUGAUACGGAGGAAGUUCGUGAACUGAAAGUACUUCAACUAGAACAGCGAAUUGCACAACACGAAGAAGCUGUGAAACGCGUAGAUGAAGAUUUAAAAUCUUUCUCUGCCAAAGCAAUGAUGGAUAUCGAAAGAUUUCAACACCAGAAAGUGGUAGAUUUAAAAGAUAUCUUGGCAGACUACUGCAUUUUGCAAUUUAAACUUGUUAGAAAGGGAUUACAAGCUUGGCAACAUAUUAAAGGUUGCCUUGAAAGUAUGCCAUAAAAAUAUUUCUCUUAUUUAAACUGACACUGAACAAUAAUUGUUCCCACAUCUCUCGUGCGAUAUACAUUCCUAUAUUUAUAAGCUCACUCAUACUGUACGCUUAUUAUUACAUGAAUGUACAAGAUUGUUUCUAUUAUUUAAUGUUAGACUAUAAUAUAUAUACAUAUUAUAUAUACACACACGAUUCAUGUUGAACAUAUAGACAUGUGAAGCAUUAUUUAAUAUUUAUAUGUAUUUAGUAUGUUCUUGUUGUGAAUGUAAGAUACAAUUUACCAAUUACGUGGAUGUUCAGGUAGUACUUAAGGAUUGUCAAUAGUAAAGGUACGUGAUUUAUAUGUAAUAUAAAUCACCAAGUGAAAUUUCUGGUAUGUCAACAAUGAAAGUAGGAAAUGUCAUUGUUCCAAAAUUUUACACACCGUUUUCUGUCUGCUCAAUAGACGUUUAAAUUUCAUUGCCGUUGAUUAAAUGUUUCGAUUGUAUCUAAUUCGUGGAUACGGUUGCUGCAUUUAUUUUUCAUAAUAGUAGGAACACUAGAGUUAUUAAUAAAUUAAGAAAAAUUUAGGAUUUGAAAUACUAUUUUAUACGUGUGGAUAACUAUGUUUUUCUACGUAUGCAAAUGUUUUAAUGCAAUUCGUCGUUGCAGCUUAAAAUAUAUACGGGUUGUUUUCUUUACCAUCAAUUAUUUAAGUUUACACAGUUUUGUAAUAAUUCUACGGCUAAUUAAACUCAAUGGAUGUCUACUAUACAAAUACUAGUAUUAAAUUAUUAUUACAAUAUAAUGUAUUUAUCUGUUUUUUUAAAUUGUAAAUCUGGUUCGAUUAUA